AACCACAUAGCACUGCUUACCGCCGCCUUCUCAUCGUUGGCCAACUCUCCUCCACCUCCGGCUCGCAAAUCAUCUUUGCUCGCCAGUUCUUCGUCAUGUGAGUUCAUCCCAACUGUCGAAGUCGAGCUCCCUCCGGCCAUUACUAGUUGCCGCUGCAGACUGCCAUCACCGUUCCUCAUCUUCCCACCGAACCCGUCGCACUCUUUUCCUAGGUGGAGCAACUGCAUGAAAGGAAAAUGGAGAGAUGAGGAAGAGGAUGAUGUCGAUGCAUUCUCGAUUUUGUUGCUUGAUGGAAGGAAAUUCAAUGGAUAUAGCAAGGUUUAGGAAAUCGAAGAAGCUUUAAGAAGCAGAAGAAAUGGAUCCAAUUGCUCCAACCAUUUACAAAGCUAGUAUAGUAUUAAGUAGCUUGUAUCAAGAGUCAAGAUAACUGUUUUUUAUUUUGUAAAGCAUAUUGACAGGAUACAUUUUUUUUGGUGAAUACAGAAAA